AUGGCGCUACGUCGACCACCUCUGCGAUCGUCCAUUGUCUCAAGAAAGAGCGCCGGCGUCUUGCACUCACCAUCGCCAUUCAUGACAUGCACAAACAAUGUGCUGUCUAGCAUAUCCUCACAUGGAUCUGGCUGUAAUUCGGCCAAUUACCAUGAAACCAACAUUAACGGCGUCUUCCAGAAGCAUAAUCGCCGCGAGGUCUACCUGGGAAGACUGGUGGUGGCGUACGACCACAUUGUUCCGAAUGCCAGAACAGUUGUUUCCCCCGACAAAUGCUUUUUGUUUGGACUCGUGAGCUACACAAAAGUCACCGCUGAAGUCUGA